AAAAGAUAAGGGGUCUUACUAGUUGCAAGGCGCAGCCAGCCAGGACAGAAAAGCAAAAAAGGCGCAAGCUCUGAGUACUUUGGAGUAAAUAGCUAGCUGGGUAGUCAACGGAGUUUCUCUUUCUUUCAGGUAAAGUGUUUUAGUAAGGAGUGACUUGAACGGUUGUCUUAAUUUAUAAGAAGCUGUGCUUCCAGUCGUGGUCAUUAUUUUAAGAUCAUGGCUCCAACUAUCCAGACACAAGCCCAGCGAGACUCAGACGGUCACAGGUAAAUAUCCUCUCCGAUUUAUUUUCUUGGCGUCAACUAGCUAACGUUAGAUAACCUAGCUAAUGACGACAUGGCUAGUUAGCAAUCAUCGUGAUUUACAUAUGUUCUGAUUGUCCCGUGAUAAGUUAACAUAAGUUAAAGUAUUGAAAUGGGGACUGUUACACUUCCUAUUUCUUCAGUCUAUCAGCUGAGUGUGUAGCUAACAACUUGUUUUCUCUCUCCACAUGUCUAGGAGUUCAUCACACAGAACUGUUCCAGAGAGGUAUGCAUGCAGUUUGUUUGACAUGUUUCAACAAAAGAGAGACUCAGUUACAGCUGAAGUUAUUGUGUUUUUUAAAUACAAAGGGGGUGGAGGGCUGGUGAUAUCAUGGACAGAUUAAAGGCCAUAUGACCAUUAGGUAGUUAUCUCUUUGGGUUAUGAGGCAUCAAUGGUUGAUAGAACAUGUUUUUGAUGACUACUUCUUCUCUGUACACUUUUGAAAUGUGUGCUUCUGUGUUUGUCCCAACCAAUCUCCCAGGUCCGGAGUGGUCUGUCGGGUAAAGUACUGCAACAGCCUGCCUGACAUCCCAUUUGAUCCCAAAUUCAUCACAUAUCCAUUUGACCAGCACAGGUAAACACCCUUGUUCCUUCUGCCAUAAAGGUCAGUCGAGAUGUUGCUAUGUCUAUUAAAUGUAUUGUAAUUGGAGCCACAGUGUGCAGCUUUUAUUUUUUAAGCCUUCUCCCAUAAAUGCCGUACUGCCACCGUACCUGACUCUGAUGUUGCUGUCUGGUGUUGAUAGGUUUGUGCAGUACAAGGCAACGUCGUUAGAGAAACAACACAAACAUGAGCUGCUUACUGAGCCUGACCUUGGCGUCACCAUCGACCUCAUUAACCCAGACACCUACCGCGUCGACCCCAGCAGUAUGUUUCUGAACAACACACACACACAUUGUUAUACCACACAGUCAGUAUAUUUUUGUGGUGGUUACUUGAAGCUUGUGUAGUAUUGAUUUAGAAUCAUCCCAUCCUUAUUUUUCUAGUUCUUCUGGAUCCAGCUGAUGAGAAGUUAUUGGAAGAAGACAUCACGGCUCCAUCCAGCUCGAAAAGGUUUGGAUACAGACUGUGUACCAGUCAAUACAGUAUCUUUGUGACAAAAUUAAAGUCUUAAUGACUUGGGAUCUGUGCUAUGAGCCUUUUGUUUGUCUUCCUGUAGAUCUCAGCAGCACGCCAAGGUGGUCCCAUGGAUGAGGAAGACUGAGUACAUCUCUACAGAGUUCAACAGAUAUGGAGUCUCCAAUGAGAAAGUGGAAGUCAAGUGAGUGUGACCUAACAGGCUAGCUAACCACCACAUUCAGCAUACACACUUCCCAUUUUAUAGUGUUUUCUCUUUUUGUCCCACCCCUUCUAAAACCUAUGUGUUCUGUCCUUAGGAUCGGUGUGUCUGUCAAACAGCAGUUCACAGAGGAGGAGAUAUACAAGGAUAGGGACAGCCAGAUUGCUGCUAUUGAAAAGACCUUUGAGGAUGCACAGAAACCGGUGAGAGUGCCCCGUGUUUGGUACUGCACAAUUCACUGUACUAUAUUCAGUCCAAAUAGAUCUUACAGUAACAACAUCAAAGUCAAUGUCCAGCUACACAGAGAUCACACAGUUCAUUGUAUGCUCCUUCUAAUAUGAAGAUUGCACUAUCCUCUUUCAUUCCAUCACAAACAAAGUUAUUGUACAGAUGUUGGAUCUUAAUUGUACCUAUAUUGUCACAGCAACAGAAUUUUAAUGUUUAGUCCAUAAUGUUGCUUGAUCGGUGGUUAGGCUAUUAGCUGGUCAAAAUGAGGCUACAUGAAAAGUGGUAUACUGUUAAUAUACAGUUGUGCACGGGGGCCUCCCACUCCUCUUUCUAUUCUGGUUAGAGCCAGUUUGCGCUGUUCUGUGAAGGGAGUAGUACACAGUGUUCUACAAGAUCUUCAGUUUCUUGGCAAUUUCUCGCAUGGAAUAGCCUUCAUUUCUCAGAACAAGAAUAGACUGACGAGUUUCAGAACAAAGUUAUUUGUUUCUGUCCAUUUUGAGCCUGUAAUCGAACCCACAAUUGCUGAUGCUCCAGAUACUCAACUAGUCUCGAAGGCCAGUUUUAUUGCUUCUGUAAUCAGCACAACAGUUUUGGUCCUCUGUAGCUCAGCUGGUAGAGCACGGCGCUUGUAACGCCAAGGUAGUGGGUUCGAUCCCCGGGACCACCCAUACACAAAAAAAUGUAUGCACGCACGACUGUAAGUCGCUUUGGAUAAAAGCGUCUGCUAAAUGGCAUAUUAUUAUUAUAUUAUUAUUUUCAGCUGUGCUAACAUCAUUGCAAAAUGGUUUUCUAAUGAUCAAUUAUGAUCAAUUAGCCUUUUUAAAAUGAUAAACUUGGAUUGGCAAACACAACAUGCCAUUGGAACACAGGACUGAUGGUUGCUGAUAAUGGGCCUCUGUAUGCCUAUGUAGAUAUUCCAUAAAAAAUCAGCCGUUUCCAGCUACAAUAGCCAUUUACAACAUUAACAAUGUCUACACUGUAUUUCUGAUCAAUUUGAUGUUAUUUUAAUGGACAAAAAAAUUGCUUUUCUUUCGAAAACAAGGACAUUUCUAAGUGACCCCAAACUUUUGAACAGUAGUGUACAUGAGGACAGAUGUUGGGGAUCCUCUCAUCCUGAGGUACAUAAUUUUUAUUGAACGAUGCCAAUAUGCAAACUAAAUGGAAACUCUUCCCCCAGAUUGCCCAGCACUACAGUAAACCCAGAGUCACUCCUGUGGAGGUGAUGCCUGUGUUCCCUGACUUCAAGGUGAGCAUCCAUGACACUCAACAGGACAUACAGUACCAUUGUAUUGGUCUUGGCUACCUAUCUGUAUUAUGCCCAUGGUCUUUGUUUCUGGGCAUUCAUUGGUUCCUGUAUCUGUUCUAAGCUGGAUCCGUUUAGCUGUUGUUGUCUAGCCCUAUUGUGUUUUGGUAAAGAGUAAGCAUUUGUGUGUUCUGUUCUCUGCUCCCCAGAUGUGGAUCAACCCGUGUGCUCAGGUAAUCUUCGACUCUGAUCCUGCUCCUAAAGACAUGUCAGCACCCCAGGGUGUGGAGAUGAUGUCACAGGCCAUGAUUAGGUGAGGACAAAACAUUGCCACAUUGUGUGUGUGUGUCUGUGAUUUUCUGUGACCAUCCUGCACUAUGACAAUUUACAUAAUGUUCUGAAUUGUUUAUUGUUGUGCCCUGCAGAGGUAUGAUGGAUGAGGAAGGAAACCAGUUUGUGGCCUACUUCCUGCCCAAUGAGGAAACGAUUCGCAAGCGCAAGAGAGAUGUGGAUGAGGAGCUGGACUACAUGCCUGAUGAUCUGUGAGUAAUCCAACAAGCAUUUACACUAACCUUGAGUAGACAGGACACACCAACAAUGAUACUGAUAUAUUAACUAUACUAUCUCUAUCAAUAAUAUUCAGUUUUCACAUUGUCUACUUCCUCACACCUACUUGGUUCACCUUGUCCAAGUACAGAACCUGUAUGAUGUUGGAAUCUCUGAAACACACUUACUGUAACAUUGAACUAGAUGUGAUGAGGAUGGUUUGUGUGUGUGUUCUAGGUAUGACUAUAAGAUAGCCAGGGAGUACAACUGGAACGUGAAGAACAAAGCCAGCAAGGGCUACGAGGAGAACUACUUCUUUAUCUUCAGAGACGGAGAUGGAGUCUACUACAACGAGCUGGAGACCAGGUAACCAUUGGUGGGGGUGGGGGUGGGGGGGGGGGUUCCUCAUAUUGGGGUCCUCAUAGUGGGGUCUGUUGGGUUUACUUUAACAGGAGGUGAUGUGGGAUUCUCUUGGAAAAGAGAGUCACAUUAUUCUGGUAGAUUUGUAUUUGCUAGGGUGGGUUUAGUUUGUUUGUUUUGGCCUGAGGACACGAAACCUGUGAAGAAGGUUCUGACUGUUGUCCUGGAUUGCAGAGUGCGGCUGAGUAAGAGGAGAGCUAAGGCUGGAGCCCAGUCUACUACAAAUGCUGUGCUGGUGUGUAAGCACAGAGACAUGAAUGAGAAGGAGCUGGAAGCACAGGUGAGACUGCUAAUCAGGCCCUCCUUUGGGGGGGGUCACCUUCUUUUGAUGACCGCUGUUUUCUACACAGAGCAUUACUUUCAAUCUGUGGAAACUGUGUUUACUUAAUAAGUGGACCUCAACACUGAUAGAGAUGAGCAUGUAGUGCUGGACAUAAGUAGACAAGUAUACAUUUGCAGAAAUCUAAAUAAUCAGAGUAAUAAUGACAUCUGUCUUUAUGUCCAUUAGGAUGCGCGUAAGGCUCAGCUGGAGAACCAUGAACCGGAGGAUGAAGAAGAGGACAUGGACUUGGGUAAACUGCAGGACUCUGGUCAGUCUCUCCCCUCUCUGUCCUUCCCAAUGUUUACUACUGUGUCUGCAGAGGCUCUUUGUUUUACGACUGCUUCUUAGAUCCAUAUUAACUAAUUGUCUGUAUCUGUUUGUCUCCAGGUGAUGAGAAGGAGAAAGGCAGCGAGAGCGAAGGAGACAACUCUGACAGUGACUCUGACAGGGAGGAUGAGGAUGGAAAGCGGAGUGGAGCUGAGGAUGAUGAAGAGGAGGGAGCGAAGCGGAGGAGGAAGGCCAGUGGUAGCGGCAGUGAGAGUGGCGAGGAGGAGGUCAAGCUGGCGGAUGAGGUGGAGAUCUUCGGUAGCGACGAUGACAGUGAUGACGAUGACAACGAGCCCAAGAAUGGAGCAGCCCAGAGCAGCGGGGAGGAGGGCAGUGGGAGCGAGGAGGAGAAGGAGAGCCAUAGGGAGAGGAGUAGGAGUGGCAGCGCGUCUCCGGCCCACAGUAGCGGUAGUGACCACUCAGAGGGCGGCCGCGCCCAGAGCGGGAGUGGCAGUGAGCAGGCCUCAGACUCCAGCGACGGCAGUGACAGUGAAUAAAAGCCUAGGCCUUCUUACUGUGACAACACCGGCACACCAUGCCUCACCCCCGAGCUCCAGCCAGCCCAUGCUAACAAGCCCAACCCUCAGAACAGCCCUGUCUUUACAGAGUCAGUCUGAGGCCAGCAACUCAUUCCUGUUGAGCGUUAGAUUGCUACUUUUUUAGGAAAGACACAAAUUCUAAGGGACUUCUACAAGGCUUUUGGGUACCUGUAAAUGUCAUUUACUCAAAUCUGUCAGACUUUUGCUCAUAGAUAUAGAUGGAGCCACUAUCUUAGUAGUUUUGUGUACAGUACAUGCUUCAUUGAACAAAAUUCUUCCCUACCAACAAUAUAUUUAUUUUGUUCUUUUAAGCUGUUAUUUUGUUCUUUUAAGUCUGAGUUUGUCUUUAUGGUUUGUCUAUUUCUCACUCAAUAUGAGGCACUUUCUUAAAGUGGUGUGAAAGCAGAAACAUUUUUUUUGUUUAAUUUUCUUGUGUGCAUAAAUCUGUUGAAAAUAAGUUUGUUUCUUUGUCCUUAACGUUUGAGGAUACAAUGCAUUAUAAAUGUAAUUGGAACAGCCAAUAAAAUGCGGGAAAGUUUUGUAAGGAA